AUGAGUCUCUUCCUCUUCGCCAUCUUCCAACUUGCCCUUGGUUCACCAGGAGCUCCUAAUGGUCCGAAUGUUCCAUUGCAAUUGACAGGAGUUCGACGUGGGCUCGAUCAUGUGCAGAAGCUGCCAUCGGAAGCAUUCAGCUUCAAGCUGUUCGGGAAAAAUUUAGCGGAAGACGGAUAUUACUUCACAACUGCGACACGAUGUGAGGAUUCCCACCUAUCCACUGUUAGUACAGUUCGUGCCACCGUCAAAGAGUCAUAUUGCUCAUACGCCAUCUUAUCCGUACCAGAAGGUCUUCCAUUCAACGUCUCCACAAGCGUCUAUCAUCUUUGCCAUAAGAAUGCCACUAUCUACACACAAAAGUUUCUGGUGGUUCACGAGAAGAAAGCAGCAGCAGCUAAAUAUAUGGGAGAUGAAAUUGUGUUUUGCUUUUUUUGUAUUCUGAUGUCGGCGUAUGCAUCGGGAAUGACACUUGGUUAUAUGAAGUUCUCAAUGAUCGAUCUGAAUACUAUGCUGAAAAUUGCAGAAGGUGAUGCAGCAAAGAAACGAGUCCGCAGAAUCAUGCACUUCCGACGUCGGUCUACCCAGCUUGUUGUCACUUUUUCCCUGUUCUCCUCAGUUUUCACAGUGCUCUUCACGACGACUUGCGAGAAAAUGCUGCACGGAGUAUCGAAUGAAGAUGUGCUGAAAAUGGCAGUUCCAGCUUUGAUUUGUUUGAUUUUCGCGGAGAUGAUUCCACAGGCGGUCUGCAACAGCAAGUUCGGUUUCAACCUAGCUGCUAGUCUCUGGUUCGUGACAGUCAUCAUUUUCUUCGUCACCCUUCCAAUCGCUUAUCCGGCUUCACUUGUAUUGGGCAGAUUCUUGAAACGUGACGUUCGGGAAGUUAUGACGCCUGAGGAGAAGACAUGUUUGCUUCGAAGCAUGGCACAGAAUGAGCGGGAAAAAACGAUUCUCGAAAAUGCAACUACAUUUACAUUGAAAAAAGUUGGACAGCUUAUGGUGCCGAUUGAGGAGGUCUUCAUGCUAUCUAGAUCGCAAAAGUUGAAUAGAUCAACUGUGUUAACACUGGUAGAAAAGGGAUACACUCGGAUUCCAGUCUACGACAAUAAAAAUCGAAGUGUGAUCGUUGGUAUGCUCAACAUGAAAAAUUUCAAUUUGCUGAUGGUCAAGACGAAUCUCAUCGAUGAGCCAACAGUUAAGGAGGCUCUUCACGCUUUGGAAUUAUUGAAGGACCGGACUGUGAAGUUUGCAGUCAAAUAUGUCAAUAUUGAGAUGAAUGCACAUUUGCUGCUCAAUCGGAUGAAGACCGGCGAUUUUCAUUUCGCGUGUGUGGUUGAAUAUUCGGCAUAUGACUCGAAAGUAGUCGGAAUCAUCACGAUUGAGGACAUCCUUGAAAAAUUGAUCGGAAAAAUUGACGAGAUCAAUGAGUUGCGAGUGAGAUCAUCAAUUGAUGAUCGAGGUGACAAUGCUGUUAUUGGAUGGUGCAGAGAAGCUGGUUCCGACAAGAAGUACCCUUUGCCAUUUUCUCAACAACUACGAAUCCUACAGCAUCUGCUCUCCGAAUGCCAAGUGUUGAAAAGUCUGGACAUUGGAAUAAUGAAGGCCAAGCAGAUCUUAUCGUUGGACCGGAUUCGAGUUGGAAAGAAAAAUGAUAAGCUGGAACUGCAUGACUUGCUUCUGGUGAUCUUCGAGGGAACGGUUUUGGUUACGAAUGAGGUCGAGACGUUUGAGCGGGUCAUUGAUGUCCCGUCGCAACGGAGCUCAUCAACUGUCAAUAGUCAACAACACAGACAACAGACAACAGACAACAGUCGUAGCACACCAGUUCCCGUGUUGAUAAUUGGAAAGCCGUUGCUCAAUAGGCUAAUGAAAAGCCUCGGAAGCCCGUUCAGUGAGCCUCUUGGACCAAAGGAUAAUGUCAGCGAGCUUGUAGUUGUGUCGGAGGAAGCUUCGUAUUUUAAACUCCGUCUGGAAGACCUAAUGAACUCUAUCAACGGAUGUCGGAAGGUCGACAGGAAUGGCCACACGACGACCGGCGAAAGCUUGCUCCAAACCUUGAACUCGCGUGCAUCAACCUCGACCAGCACAACUCCUGCUUGCCGCACCCCGCUGUCUGUUGAUGCAAGAUCUCAAGAUGAAACGACUCCGUUUAUGGAAAAACAAGAAUAAGUCAAGCGAUCUUCAAUAAUUUAAAUGCAAAUAUGUCUCUAUUGUAACUUAUAAUCAGAAAAUGGCAUUGACUAGGGUUUUUUAUUUGACAUUUUUUUGGUAAAUAAAUGGUAAAUAAAUAAA